UCGUAUCAAACUACCGGAUUCCAAAAUGGGUUGUCGCCUGUAAGCGGUUUGCGGUGUCGUAGCGGGCCUGGCGGCAGAGAGAGAGAGAGAGAUAGAGGAGCAAGCGCGAGGAAGAUGGACGGAGACACAGAGCUGUACCAGCAUCUGCACAAACUAGCUGCGAUAAACUCGGAAGAGCAGCUGGAAAGCCUUUUCGUUACCCUGUGGAGAACCCGCAAAACCGGAGUCUCCCCUUCCGAGAAGGCUUCUCUUCAGUCUCUCCUCAAUCUUCAAGCGGCCGGCCAACUCGAUCCUGUUUUGGCAUGCCUUCGUUCACUUACCAGAAAAUGUGUACAUGAGAAUUUCUCCAGUGCUGAUAUUUUGAAGCUAUUUCCACCUGAUCUGCCUCUUGGUUUGCAAAACAUUCUUAUUAUGUUAUUCCAGAAAUAUCAGAGCCAGUGGAAAGAGGAAAUGACCAGAGAGCAGCAUCCAUUGCCAAGGACUAGUGUCUCCCACCUGUUAAAUGCGGAUUUGCCAACUUUCCCCUCAUCAGACAUGCUUGCGUCACCGUGGCCUAGGCAAGACAAUCCUAUUGCAGCAAUCACUGCUGAUUCUAGUAUAUCAAAUAUGGCUUCAAUCCCUCCACAAUGUGAUGCUGGUCCUACUGAUAAUCUGGUAAUUCUACCCCGACUCAAGUCAAUGACAUGGAAAUUGGAGCAUCAGAGCAAAACAUCACCUAAUAGAGUUGCUGUCAUUACUCUAAAGUUGCAGGAUUAUACCAAGUCUCCUUCAGGACAGAUGGAGGUGAAGUUUCAGCUUACUAGAGACUCCCUUGAAGCUGUGUUAAGAUCAAUGACUUAUAUAAGUGAACAACUAUCGAGUCUUGUUGGAUCUUCUACGGGGCCAUUGCAGAAGAAACAGAAGCAGUAGUAAGUCAUCUUCAUUGCUGCACUUACGAUCAAUGCCAAAACAUUGCUGGUCUGAAUUCAUCAAAGUGCCAUGGCACCACCAUGGAUAAAAAGUUGUUGGAGCAACCAUAACCAGCGCCCCUACAUGGUUAUUGCUUCAUGUAUGUAUUUUUCAAAGGUAAUGGAAUUAAUUUGCCAAAACAUAACAAAUUCGGUUUUAGAGAUUUGAAAAAAUGAUCAAAUUUUCACUUGGCAGAGCAUAUUUUGUAUUUUAAAUGGCAUUUACCACAUUAAUCAAGUCCACGUCAACGCCGGGUUGUGGAAAAUGCGAUUGGGAGAAUGUUAGCAUGUUGUUACAUCUCAUCAUGUUGAUUAGAGAUGGAAUAUCACAUGAGUAUAUAAUGUGUUUUUUUUUUUUCCUUUUUUUUGUGUGUGUGUGUGUGUGGGGGGGGGGGGGGGGG